ACUCAAAUUUAGAGACACUAAUCAGGUGUUUUCGUGAAGAAUUUCCUAAAAAAAAACCAAAAAUCACGCCUGCGGGUUCGUCGGGAUGAACCCGCCUGCCGCGGCAGCAAAACUUCAUCCUUGGGCGGAUGAACCCGCGUGCCGCGGCAGCAAAACUUCAUCCGCAGGCGGAUCGAACCCGCCUGCCGCGGCAGCAAAACUUCAUCCUUGGGCGGAUGAACCCGCCUGCCGCGGCAGCAAAACUUCAUCCUUGGGCGGAUCGAACCCGCCUGCCGCGGCAGCAAAACUUCAUCCUUGGGCGGAUGAACCCGCCUGCCGCGGCAGCAAAACUUCAUCCGCGGCCGGAUCGAACCCGCCUGCCGCGGCAGCCAAACUUCAUCCGCGGGCGGAUUGGACCCGCCUGCCGCGGCAGCCAAACUUUAUCCCCGGGCGGAUUGGACCCGCCUGGCGCGGCAGCAAAACUUCAUCCGCGGGCGGAUUGGACCCGCCUGCCGCGGUAGCAAAACUUCAUAUAUGGUGCAUUCGUUUGAAUAUGUCUCGUUCUUUACGAACGAAAGAGGACAUGAGAAAGAAGCCGGGAAAAGACAUUCCAACGUGU